AUGUCCGUCUCGGCCGUCGCCUCGCUGCGGCCAGUCCGCGGCCAGUGUCUCCGGCAUGCCACCUCCGGCGUGCUGUCCAUCCAUCUCCGGUCCCGCGCUGCCACCAUCCACAUCCGCGCCGUCAUACCCCUCCGACCCGAUCCCGUACAGCGACGCUUCCAGACCACCGCAAGCUCCAAUUCUUCCAAGAAUGGUCCCAAUAAGGAGCUCUCUGAUAAGCAGAACCAGCUGCCCAGGAAGCAGCAGCCUGCUCAACCCCAAAUCACAUUUCGCAAGUUCGCUGGACGGGCCCUGGGCGCCGGUCUUCGAAGUCUCAUGACUGCCGUGAGUCCCACCGGCAUCAAGACGGCAUUCCGCCAAAGCCCUGGAGCUACCGUGUUUGCAUUGGCAAUCCUGCUCGUCAUUGGCAUCAUGGCUGGCUACACUGCUAAGCUCUACUUCACCUACUUCUACCACCUCCAAUUCACGAGAUACCCGAAGCCCAUUGCCAACUCCCUACGACGCGCCCUCUACUACACAAAUAUUAAUCCCGAUCCUGAGCUGGCCCUAAAAUAUUAUAAGCGGGCCAUGGAGCAGUGUGCUGACCACGGCUUGGAUCCCUUCUCCGACGAGGUUCUCGGCAUCCGAAUCCAGACCUCGUAUUGGCUACAGAAGAUUGGCAACUACGAUGGAACCCUCCAUGUCCUUGAGGCCGUGUUGGGGGAUCUCAAGAAGUGGGUUGACGUCAUGGAGCAGUCGGUUCGCGACGGCAAGAUCGACAAUACUGGCAAACUGCUCACUCCUCCGCGGAAGCAGCCAGAGACAACCGAAACGAACAAGGAGGCGGAGACCGCAUCAGUCAAUAAAACUGAUGACCAUUUCGUACCUGAGAACCUCUGGCACAAGCGAAGGCGACUUCUCGCUAAGGCCAUUGGAACGUCUGUCAAGCUAGGAGAGCUGUACUCGGACGAGCAUGUCCUCGACCCCGACAACUCCCAGAAGCACUUGAUCUGGGCAGUCGAGACCGCCUUGAAGGAGUUCCAACGGCGCAAGACUGAGGGCGUCAAGGAAGGCGAAGGCGACUGGCUCUCCCCCGAGGAGACGGGUGGCGCCAUAGAGUCCCUUGGGCGCGACUAUGAGAGUAAAUCACAGUUCCACCUCGCCAUCCCUCUCUUCUUCCAAGCUCUCCGCCUUUGUGAGACCCCCUGCCACCGCGCCGUCAUCAUGAACAAUCUCGCCGCCACCUUCGCUCAGCAUCCCAUCUUCACCCCGACCCUCGCCGACCAGCCCUCUGACGCCCUUCGCGAGCUACACGACCCGGCCAUGCCCACGACCCGCAAUGAUUGUCUUGAAGCCGCCCUCAACUGGUCGAAGAACGCCUACCUCCACGCCAAGGACGUCCAAGGCGACGACCACACCCCCGAGUGUGACGAGGCUUGCGUUGUCGCCCUCUGUAACUGGGGCGACAUCGCAGCCAUGAUGGGCAACACCGAGCUCGCUCGCAAGAAGUACAACCAGUGCAUCGAGAUGGGCAACAAGCUUGAUUUCCCUCACGCUGCCAAGCAGGCUCGCAGCGGUCUCGCAAACCUGGGCGCUAAGGCAGCCUGA